AAAACGUUAAAUUUUUUUAAAUUCGUUUCCAAAAUAAACCAAUAUUUUAUAAAUUUAAAUUUUGCCUUUUUCGGCUUUAAUAAAAUAGCGGGAAUAAAAGGAACAAACAAAUGCCGAACCGUUAACAACCCAACGGUACCUAGCAAUACCGCGCUAUUUAAAAGCCGGAGCGCAACCAAUACGGGAACUUUUCGAAACCGUACGGUUGCAAUUACGAGCUUAUUUAUUAUUAAAAAUUUAAUUUUAACGCAAUACUUUACGUAUACAACCGUUUCGCCCCUAAAUCGUAAACCGCCCGGUACGGUUACAAUUAAGCUUUAA